AAAGGAGGAGGGGGGGGGACCGAGGACUUAAUUGUAACAGAUUGGUGUGUGCGUGGCGAAAAGCCAAAUGACAUUAUAUUUUAAUAAUUAAGCGUAUUUUAACCGAGUGAUUGCUUAUUAGGGUUGUGGUGUGGUUUGUUUUUACACGACUCCUCAGUGGAAAAGGCCUCUGUGGUGAAAUUAUAAGGGGAGAAGCAGCAGCAGCAUCUCGUACUGGUGUGUGGAUCUCAGCAGGCGUGGAAAGAAAGCCUGCUGAGAAGCGAAGCCGGGAGCUGGAGUUUGCAACGGAGGACUCGCCAUGGCGGUAAACCUGGACAAGGAAGCGUAUUACCGCCGGAUCAAAAGAUUAUACAGCAACUGGAAGAAAGGAGAAGAUGAGUUUGGCAAAGUUGAUGCCAUUGUGGUGUCUGUCGGAGUGGACGAAGAAAUUGUGUAUGCCAAAUCCACAGCCAUACAGACAUGGCUGUUUGGCUACGAGUUGACAGACACCAUCAUGGUGUUUUGUGACACCAAAAUCAUCUUCCUCGCCAGCAAGAAGAAGGUGGAUUUCCUCAAACAGGUGGCUGUAACUAAAGGCAACGAAAACGCCAACGGUGUCCCGCCCAUCACCCUGCUCACCAGAGAAAAGAAUGAAAGCAACAAGGCCAACUUUGACAAGAUGAUCGAGGCGAUCCGAGGUAGCAAAGACGGCAAGACCGUGGGAGUCUUCAGCAAGGACAAAUUCCCCGGAGAGUACAUGAAGAGCUGGAACGACACAAUCACCGCUGAUGGAUUGGAAAAGGUAGACAUCAGCGCUGUGGUCGCGUACACAAUGGCAGUGAAGGAAGACGGAGAACUGGGCCUGAUGAAGAAGGCAGCGGCCAUCACCAGCGAAGUGUACUCCAAGUUCUUUAAGGAGCGCGUCAUGGAGAUUGUUGACGCAGAUGAGAGAGUGCGUCACAGCAAGCUUGCAGAGUCGGUGGAGAAGGCCAUUGAGGAGAAGAAGUACCUGGGCGGUGCUGAUCCUUCCACAGUGGAGAUGUGUUAUCCUCCUAUCAUCCAGAGCGGAGGGAACUACAGCCUCAAGUUCAGCGUCGUCAGCGAUAAGAACCACAUGCACUUCGGUGCCAUCACGUGUGCCAUGGGGAUCCGCUACAAGUCAUACUGCUCCAACCUGGUGCGCACCCUCAUGGUGGACCCCCCUCAGGAGAUGCAGGAUAACUACAACUUCCUGCUGCAAGUGGAAGAGGAGCUGCUCAAACAGCUCAAACACGGUGUAAAAAUCUGUGACGCCUACAACGCUGUUCUGGAGUACGUGAAGAAAGAGAAGUCAGACCUUGUAGCAAAGCUGACCAAAAACCUUGGCUUUGCAAUGGGAAUUGAGUUCAGAGAAGGCUCGUUGGUUUUGAACGCUAAAAACCAGUACAAACUGAAAAAAGGCAUGGUGUUGAGUGUCAGUUUGGGUUUUGCUGACCUCGUGAAUAAAGACGGUAAGAAGGACGAGCAGAAAAAGUACGCCUUGUUUAUCGGUGACACGAUACAGAUCAAUGAGGAAGAGGCAGCCACAAUACUCACACCAGUCAAGAAAAAGAUAAAAAAUGUGGGAAUCUUCUUGAAGAAUGAUGACGAGGAGGAUGAGGAGGAGGAAGGAGACGAUGCUGAGGAGCUGCUGGGGAAGGGAGCUCGGAGUGCCGCUCUGCUCGCAGACAGAACCAGACUACUUGGGAAGAAUGAGAUGACGGCGGAGGAGAAGAGGCGGGCCCACCAGAAGGAGUUGGCCAAUCAUUUGAAUGAAGAAGCCAAGCGUCGUCUGACAGAGCAGAAAGGAGAGCAGCAGAUUCAGAAGGCCAGAAAAUCAAACGUGUCUUACAAAAACGUCUCUCAGAUGCCCAGAGAAAAGGACAUCAGAGAAAUGAAGAUCUUCAUCGACAAGAAGUACGAGACUGUCGUCAUGCCCGUUUUUGGUAUCGCCACACCGUUCCACAUCGCCACCAUCAAGAACAUCAGUAUGUCGGUAGAAGGAGACUACACCUACCUGAGGAUCAACUUCUACGUCCCCGGCAGCUCUCUGGGACGACAAGAGGGAAAUAUCUUCCCCAACCCUGACGCCACAUUUGUUAAAGAAAUCACGUACCGAGCGUCCAACCUGAAAGCUCCUGGCGACACGUCGGUGCCCUCCACCAACCUGCAGAAUGCUUUCCGCAUCAUCAAGGAGGUACAGAAACGCUACAAGAUGCGAGAGGCCGAAGAGAAGGAGAAGGAGGGCAUCGUCAAGCAAGACUCACUGGUCAUCAACCUCAACCGCAGCAACCCCAAGCUCAAAGACCUCUACAUCAGACCCAACAUCGCACAGAAGAGGAUGCAGGGCUCAGUGGAGGCACAUACGAAUGGGUUCCGCUUCACGUCAGUCCGCGGCGAUAAAGUAGACAUUCUUUACAACAACAUCAAACACGCCAUCUUCCAGCCGUGUGACGGGGAGAUGAUCAUCGUACUGCACUUCCACCUCAAGAACGCCAUCAUGUUCGGUAAGAGACGCCACACAGACGUCCAGUUCUACACGGAGGUUGGGGAGAUCACCACAGACUUGGGCAAACACCAGCACAUGCACGACCGAGACGACCUGUAUGCCGAGCAGAUGGAGCGGGAAAUGAGGCACAAGCUCAAGUCGGCCUUCAAGAACUUCAUUGAGAAGGUGGAAACGCUGACUAGAGAAGAGCUGGAGUUCGAGGUGCCCUUCAGAGACCUGGGGUUCCAGGGCGCCCCCUACAGGAGUACCUGCCUGCUACAACCCACGUCCAGUUCCCUUGUCAAUGUCACUGAAUGGCCACCAUUUGUGGUGACUCUGGAUGAGGUGGAGUUGGUCCACUUUGAGCGUGUGCAGUUCCACCUGAAGAACUUCGACGUGGUCAUUGUCUACAAGGACUACAACAAGAAGGUCACCAUGAUCAACGCUGUGCCCGUCAACUCUCUCGACCCCAUCAAGGAGUGGCUCAACUCUUGUGACAUCAAGUACACAGAGGGAGUCCAGUCUCUGAACUGGACCAAGAUCAUGAAGACCAUCGUCGACGAUCCCGAGGGCUUCUUCGAGCAGGGAGGCUGGUCUUUCUUGGACCCAGAGAGCGAGGGAAGUGGUGCAGAGGAAGAUUCAGAGUCAGAAAUGGAGGAUGAAACAUUCAACCCCUCUGCAGAUGAAGAGGAGGAGGAGGAGGAAGACAGUGAUGAGGACUAUGAUUCGGAGACGGAGGACUCUGAUUACAGCGCGUCAGUUGGCAGCGAGGAGGAGAGCGGUAAAGACUGGGAUGAGCUGGAGGAAGAAGCCAGGAAAGCUGACAGAGAGAGCCACUACGAGGACGAGGACACCUCCGCCUCCGCCUCCACCAACAAGAAGCGAAAGGUCCGGCCAUCAGCCCCGCCGCCCAGCAGCAAGAAGAAGCGACGGUCCUAAAUGUCUCUCACACACAUACAUAUACAAACACACACACACACUGCCAAACCUAGCUGACCCUUCCUUCUACCCCAACCGGCUCUUUUGACUCAUGCACUUCACACACAACACACAUGGGCCCAGACACACACAAUGUGUAUAUAGUCGUAGAAGCCCUUUAUUUUUGUGUUGGUCAGUGAAGUGUCAUGUUGAAAUGGUAAGAAAGAACCAGCAGGACUCUCUCACUCACACACACACACACACACACACACACACACACACACACACACACACACACACACACACACACACACACUUCAUUCAUUAGCUUUUUUCCCCCUCCUCAUUCCUUCCUCAUUCUCUUUUGUCUCCACCUCCCAUCUCCAUCCAUCCAUCAGGGUUUCAUGUUUGUGUGUGUGUGUGUGUGUGUGUGUGCAUGUGUGCGCAUGUUUGUUUAAAUGGGUUUUUAUUGUAAGCAUUGUUUAUUUUCUGUUACAAAAAGAUGAGUUUCUUAAUUAAUGGAUAAUUAAAGAAAAGACUUGACAUAUCCUCUGCCAAGAGUUUUAUAUAAAAACUGAGAAACUUUUGAUUUCCCCCCGAUCGUCUCUCCUCCUCUGUGUCUACAUUUCACUUUCCCUUCAUGUUUGUUCAAUUGUGGUAAUAAGAUGAAACACUUGUCUUUUUUGAGGGGGGCAGAUACAUUUUCUGAAUUUUUUUUUUUCCUUUGUUUUUUUUUUUUAAUGGGGUUUGUAAAUGCACGCAGGCACACACAUACACACACUGUCUCCCUCGCACUUGUCCUCCUCUCUGUUCCCUUUUUUUGUUCAUUCUGAGUAGAUAAGUUGUUGUACUGUUAAUUCUGAAAAGCCUGUUUUUUGUAAUAAAAUUAAAAGGAACUGUA